GCCAAGCGCGCGGCACCGGAGGCCUCCGCCGAGGCGGCGUCCUCGUGCCGCACCUGCGUUGCUUGCGAGCGGCUGGCGGAGCAUGAGCCGUGGGACGCCUGGGGGGCCUUCGAUCUCGGACGGCUGGGCGGCGCGCUCGGGGGUACCGUCGUGACGCCGCUGCUCGUGAAGCUGGGGGUUUCCGAGCACGUGGCGCUAUCGGCUCUUGAGUACGUCGGCGCCACGUCGGCCGGCGUCACGAGGUAUGACGACAAUGGUAGCGAUGACGUGGACUGGGUGCGACGUAGCGGCAGUUGGAAUGGCGUGCCCUACGAUGUGGAUCCAGCUGGGGUGUAUCGGUUUCGGCAAGAACCAACGGCGGCAGAAAAACAUGUGUACCUUCGAGAUGCAGAGCUGUUCGCUGAUCAUCGCUGCCGCACUGUGGCGGCCAAGUUCGAGACGUCCAUGGAUCGGGCCGUGGCGGCUGACGCUUGGGUGCUGCCCGCGAUGCGCAGCGGAGCUCGCGGCGUGUUCACCUGGGCCGCGUUGGCCGCUCGUGUACGCGAGGAGGAUUUCGGCAGAUGGUGGCUCGUCAUCAACAAUGAGGGGAUGAAGGUCGAUGGCCAUGACGAUCGUUUUCGGGCCGUCGCGAAGCUGGAGUCGAUGCAGUGGGGUGUGCACGAGCACUUCCAGUGCAGGCAGUUCGUGCGCCUGGUGCUGAUCUCAGGUCAGUGCAACGAUGCCAACCUGCAGGCUUGCGAGGCGAUGCUGCGGCACAGGCAGACGAUUGAGUUCUCGUAA